GUCAAAGGGGGGAGAGGUCAGCGCAGCUAGCAUAGCCGACUGCUCUCCAUACAGAACCAGGAAGUCAACAAAGUUGUACAUUAAUCCUUGUUUCGCUCUGUCUUUUCUGCGGUAACCUUGAAACCGCGGCAUGAGUUCUGCUACCUCUCCGACUAUCGGGGAGUUAUUCCUCAUCCUCAGUGAGAUGGGUUUCACAGAGGAACAGAUUCAGGCGGCUGUGCAGGCCGGGCAUUUUUCUGUGCCAGAGGCAGCUGAGUGGCUCUUACAGGGUCAAUACCCACGGCACAGGCUGGUCAAGCAGUCAUCACAGCCAGCUGAAACAGCUUUUUCUGCUUUCAACCCUCCAAAAGAGGCAGCAAGCACUUCAGAGUCGCACGCAUCACCCACUGAUGGCGGAGCAAGCCCUUCACUGGUGCUGAGGCCGUCACAAUCAUGUAACCUGUCCUCAGAUGCACCUCCCGUGGAGUCACGCAUCAAGCAAGACAAGAGUGACUUUGAAGAGAAAGAAAGACAACGUGUUGCUCAGGAAGCCAGAGCAGAGAGAAGACAAAAGAAACAGGAGCGCGAGUUGGUGUUGAAGCGGAUAGCUGAAGAUCGGAGGAGCUUGCAGGAGAAGAUCCAGACUAGUGCUGCUCCAGAGACGUCUUCUCCCAGCGGGGAAGGGCAGAAGCUUGGAGGAAAGGUUCAGACAAAUGUCGAUAACAACUGCAUCCUCAUGAUUCGGCUUCCGUCCGGCGAGUCCAUGCGUGAGCGCUUCUCAGCCGAUGCCCCUCUGAGCACCGUCGUGGAGCACAUCACCGGACGUCACCCCUCCCUGUCCUCCUUUUCGCUCCUUCAGGGUUUUCCGCGAAAGCGCUUCGGGGAGGCAGAGCUCGCUUGUUCGCUGCGCUCUCUUGGCCUCACGCCUAACGCUGCACUGUGCAUUCAGACCACUCCUCCAGAGACUCCUCAGGAUCCACCAAGUCCUGCAGCCCCACCGUCAGCAGGCCAAAAUGAGCCACCUCCAUGUGUUGUGCCUCCUCUGCCACACAUCCCGGUGCAGGAGGGGGCAGGAGGGGAGGACCCUGUUUUGCCUCCUAUGCUGCCUAACCAACUGUGGGAGGAAGCAGUGAAUUAUGCUGGGAUACCUGGAGCUCCUCCUGCGCUGUCUGGGCCUUCUCACUUCUGGGGACGAGGCCAGAGGCUGGUUCCUGGUAAUGCUGAGGACCCUGGCCUAGAGGUUGAUGAGGAUCCAGAGGCAGAGGAAGAACCACCUCACAUGCUCAACGGAAUGCCCAGGCUGCCUUUCUUCCCGGAGAACAGGAUUCGAGGAGGAUUUGAGCCGCGGCACCACUGGCCAGAGCAAGGCAACCGACUCAGAGAGGCUCCUGAAGAGGAAGCAGCAGACCCCGAGGAUGCCGGAGGUCCGGUGGCGCCUGUAGCUGCAGGUCUGGCUGCAGUGGAGCGUCUUCAAAGAGCCGCCCAGCAGGAGGACCACAGCGCCUCCCAGGGACAACCAUCGCCACCUAAAAGACCCUUCAGGACACCGAAUGUGCCGUCCUUAUGUGCCUUGGCCACCCGCGCAACUGUCCACCUCAUGACUGCUCCCAGCAUGCAGUACAGCAGCAGUCUGGCAGGCCUGACCCCAGAGCUAGCAGAGCUUCUGCUCAACCACAUGUCCCGCGAGAGGCUGUUACGUCCACGCACCCUGGAGCUCUUCUUUGGCUGCCCGAUGCAGAAGUUUGUCCUAAACUGCUACCCUUAUUCCACCAAUGAACUCCUGCGGCAGUUACGGGCCUUCACAGCGCUGAAGCAUCUGAGUCUGGUUAACUCGCCUCUCAUCACUGAUUCUGGCCUGUCGAUACUGUCCAGUCUGGUCAAACUCCAGUACCUCAACCUGGCCUCCUGUAGCAAACUGACCGACUCUUGUCUGCAGCAUAUCACAGGUUUGAAGAGCCUGUGUUUCCUGUCUCUGGACCAGACCAAAGUGACAGAUGCUGGGAUGGUUCUCUAUCUCCAGUCAGCUCCAUCCUGCUUCUCCCAGCUCAGCCUGAACCAGACGGCAGUGACUGAAGCCACGCUGGCAGUGCUGCCCACCUGUGUACCACAGCUGCGACUUCUCAGCAUCAAGCAGACUGAGGUUAAGGAUGUGACCGCUCUGGCAGAGAUGUCCAGUCUGCAGACUCUGAACCUGGAUGGGACAGGUGUGACAGAGGCGUCUCUGGAGCACCUCGCUACCCACCCCACCCUGUCAUCGCUCAGUUUGGGAGGAAUCCCGGUAAUAGAUGGCAACCAUGCCCUUCAGAUCAUCUCAGGUCUAAAGUUGACUCACCUCACCCUCCCUGGACGCCACUCUGUGACAGACAGUGGGCUGGCAUUCCUCUCUAGACUGUCUCUGCUGUCAGAGCUGGACCUGACAGACUACACGCAGGUCACAGACCAGGGAGUAAAGCAGCUCACCACCAUGACCAUGCUGAAGAAGCUGUCACUUAGCAACACUCAGGUGACAGAUGCAGGGCUUCCCUCGCUGCGAGGCCUGCAGGAGCUACAGGACUUGUGUUUGGACCGAACGGCAGUCACCAGCCGCGGAGUGGCCGCGCUCAUCACCUGUCUGCCGCACCUCCAGGUGUUGGGCUUAGCCAGCACUCAAGUGGGAGACACAGUCGUGAGGAGAGGCCUGCUCCGCUGCAAUCAGCUUCUUAAGCUUAAUCUCAGCCGCACACGGAUCACAGACCACGGUCUGAAGUUCCUGAAACACAUGCAUCUCGCUCAGGUGAACCUGGAUGGCACCGGUGUGAGUCUGAUGGGCAUCGCCAGCCUCCUCUCUUUCACCAACAUCAGCAGCAUUCGGGCCAGUAACACUCGCAUUAUUUCCGUUGACGAGGUCUCCGAUGAGGAGUGGGAGGCCCAGUGAGCGUCGACACCUUUGGUUUGGUCCACAUAUAGUCUACCUGAGCACGGCUCUGACUGCUGCUGCUGCUCCCCCCCUUCAGCCCCUGAAACAUGCUGCCACCAGGAUCCUCUGGAGAACAGCGUAACUGAAACACUCCUCCUACUUGCACUGUUUCAACUGCAGCUAGUGUCACUAAUCUGUCAAUCAUGCACGCUACGUUGAAACCUUAAACGGGAGCUUUGUGUUUAACAACUACUCCGUUUGUAACGUUUACAUAUAUAGAAUUACCGGUAAUCAGUAUUUAAUUGCACACACUGCAGCCGUUUGUCUCUGGAAAACUCCAUCUGACAAACUUUAUAGCUUUAAAGCUUCAUGUGCAGCCUUAUGGGUCGGAGCAACCUGCAUUUCUCCCGACUGGCCCUUCUGGAGCCAAGUGGCAAACUUAAUAUUGGAAAUGUAUAACAAAGCAUGUAUAUUCAGACUGUAAUGACUAACAGACAGACAUAUGUAGAAAUUAAAUGAAAAAUCUAAGUAACAAAUUCUCAUUUCAACCAAAUACGGUUGUUGAAAACGUUUUGGAAGGACGUGAAGGCAGAUGUCUUCCAGUAAUCACUUCGCUACCUGCAUUGGAACUAACAUUGACUCUUGAGCUGUAUUCAUGUCAUAUUGGAUUUAUCGCAAGAAUUACUUGCCAUCUGGGAGACUAGCUCUUGUGUCAUUUGUUUUUAGCUGUAGUGUGCAACAAAUACAGUUGCAGUAAAUGUCAAGCAAGGGCCCAACCUGUACUUGAUUUUUUAAAGUCGAUACUUUUUUAAGAGUUGUGAAAAUUUCAUAACGGUGUCGACAGGUGUUCAUUCGUCAGACUAUAGCAACUAAAAAUGUCUAGUUAAAUGCUACAAUACAAUCAGUUUAAAAAAUAGAGUAUUUGUUGCAAUGAUUGGCUUUAGAGCAAUCAGGACUUUCUGGAUAGCUUCACAAAUUGACAUGAACACAGCUUUUGUCAGUAGCUUUAGAAUGAUUUUAGAACACAUGGAAUCAUGUCUGCAUGGAUGUUAGCUUUCACAGAAAUCACGUAAAAAGUUCUAGUUUUCCUUUUGACUGCAUCCUGGUGAUGCAACGGCCUCAGUUGACGUUUGUAAGUGGCUGCAAUAUUACCCUCUUCUAUUGUUAGUUAUGCCAAGAAAUGUUUUUUGAGAGCCCGGCCAUUUUCAGCUACAUGGGUGAGCAGCGUACACAUAGCGUAGUGUAGUGGCUGUAAUAUAAUGUAGGAUCUAUGCAGCCAUUGGGGCUCAUGAAAUGGAACCCAAAGCUACUUCUUUAAUCACUUUGAAGUUUUUCCUUCUUGUUUACAGAGAUGUAAGAUAGUUUAUUUUCCCUAAAAGCUUUUGAUUUUUGGAUACAAGCACUGUAUUCGGUACAAUUAACAAUAAAGUCUUCUCAAGCUAAA